AUGACCGUCGAACGAGAUAGCGGUGCUGCUGCAAGAGAGGUUGCCAACACCUACGAGUUGGUGGAGCAAAUCCUGUUAGGGCUUCGAGACUGGUCGCAGCAGUAUGUCAACGAAGCCGAGAUGGUCAGCAAGACAUUCCAGCACGUACUCAAGAGAUCUUCAUCCCUGAGGACGAGGCUCGAGAUUCCGAGCGAGGACGAUCUGCGGACCCGAGCGACUGGAAAGGACGACUUUGGCGACAGAUACAUACGCAGACGGUUUGCGCCAUUGCCAGAAAUCUUCACGGAGCUCGAGAUCACUCGAAGCGACCCAUCUUCUCACUUUCCCGAGCUGGCCAUAUUCGCCUCUGUACCGCAUUUCCGCAUGACAGACAACAAGUGGCGUCGCCCUGGCAGUUGGAGAUCCUGGCUCUUCCUGAGAGGCUCGACGAAGUACAUUCAGAGCGUCCACGCAUCCGGCAAUGGCAGAUGGAAGCCACAUGGCGAGAGUAAGGGAGGUUGGUGGGACAUGGACUUCUCGUAUCGCUCGGCGACGGGGAUCACACUCGGCGAUCUCGUGGACAUCGCGUACGAGCUGAAGGACUUUAGCGAGGGCCUCGUCACGGUCGACUUCGAUGUUGCUGUCGACGAGCAAGGGGUGGGGAAGCGUCAUGCGACGUUUGCGGAUGACUUCGUGGACUCGGAUGAGGAGGAUGCUGUGGAUGGUCAGGUUCCGGUCGAGUUUCCUGACUACCACGAGGUUAUGCAGGCAGCACACAUGCUGAAGGCAUCGGCGGGGCCGCGAUGA